UAUUAUUAUUAUUAUUAUUAUUAUUAUAUUUUUUAAAUCUCUCCACUCCAUUCAAGCUGUCUUCGGUAACGCCUCCAUAGGAAGAAAUAGUCUAAACUCAACAACUAUCAGAAGAAAAGAAACGUUUCAUAUUCUUUCUCACCCUCAGGACUUUCUUUAAAGUUUCUUACUGAUUUUAUACAAGCCCAUUCAUUUUGCCUCUUCGCCGCCUCUUUUAACUGGUCCAUUAUGUUUGAGGGAGUAGUUUGACAUAUUUUAUGUUUCCUCAUAGAAAGGUGCUGAAUCCAUAUGCCACACGGAACAUUUUCCAUAAUGGAUGUAAAAGGAGAUUCAGACAUUGAGCAUAUGAGUUCUAUAUCAGGAUUUCGUCAUGAAUUGUGGCCACUAGAUGAAAUUGAUCCAAAUAAUGCCAAGUUUCCAUGCUGUCUAGUUUGGACUCCACUCCCAGUUGUCUCAUGGUUGGCACCAUUCAUUGGACAAGUUGGCAUUUGUAGGGAGGAUGGAACUAUAUUAUACUUUGCUGGAUCUGGUUUUGUUAAUAUUGAUGAUUUUGCCUUUGGUCCAGUGGCUAGAUGUCUUCAACUUGAUAGAAAUCAGUGUUGCCUUCCUCCAAACCUUGCUGGCCACACAUGCAAGCAUGGCUAUAUGCACACCAAGUAUGGGACUGCAGUCACAUGGGAUGAUGCUUUACAUUCAAGCAUGCGUCACUUUGAGCAUAGAACCUACAACCUCUUCACAUGCAACUCUCAUUCAUUGGUUGCCAACUGCCUGAAUCGACUCUGUUAUCGUGGAUCAAUGGGUUGGAACAUGAUAAACGUGGCUGCUCUGAUACUGUUCAAGGGACAUUGGAUCGACUGGAAGUCAGUAAUCCGAUCUUUCCUUCCUUUCACGGUGGUGAUCUGCCUGGGUGUUGUUUUGGUUGGCUGGCCCUUUCUAAUUGGUCUGUUUUCAUUCUCCUUUCUCCUCAUUGGGUGGUUCCUCAGGGGUACUUACUGCUCGAAAAACCUGUUAGAGUUCUAGAACUUUUGAAACUAAUGUCAUAGGUUUGUUUUCUAGAAGUUAAAUCAACAUAGAGUCUCGCUCAUU